AUGAUCAAAAUUUUGAUAUUAUUGGCAUAAUUUCUUGAAUUUUUGUUUUCAGUCUGCUUGUGCACAUUCAUGAAAAUUGGAAGAGAAGAAACUAAAAUGAGUGGAAGAGUUCUAAAAUUUGCUUAUCGAGUUGAAAAAAAUCUACUCUACAACUACGAAUUUGGACCAAACACUAAAGUAGGUAAUCACUAAUCUUUAGGAUAUAAGACUUUGUUUGAUCCCAUUUUUAAUGCCAACUAUCUAUAAGAAAAUAAUUAACAUUAAAUCUCCAUUAAGUUUUUAUGAACUAUUAUUAGCUUUUAUUGAUAUUUUAUCACUCAUCGACUAAAUCAAUACAACUGAAUCUCAUCAAAGAUAUUGUCUAGUUUGUACAAUAAGAGUCUUAAGAACUAUGAUGAUGCUUUUUGAAUUAGUGUAAGAAAUUACAAAAAUUGUCAUUUUUCAUUAUGAGUAAAUUUUACAAAACAGAUUAUUACAAAUGCAAUCAAAGAAGUAAGCCUUGUUAAAUAAUAUAAAUCAAUAAUAAUAACCAUUAUCAAUCUAAUAACAAUAAAUUCUUGAUUAAAAUUCUGAUUCAGAUGAACAAUCUAAAUUAAUUAACUUAUGA